CAGAUUCCCACGAGGCCGGCAACCUUUGUGACACCAAGCACCUUAUCAAACCGAGAUUCUUAACUUACAUGGGACGUUGGCGUGGAAAACCGAUGAGAGCACCGUGAUGAGAUACCAGCGGCGGCAGUUGAAGAUAUAUGCCAACGCUGUUCCCUACUCUUUCCUAUGACAUGCAUGGAACUAUGAGUGCGCUAUCGAAGCGGCCGUACAUCAAGCGCCGCCAACUCUCAAUCUUGAUGAUAGCGCACAGCAUCAAUCCCAAGAAUACCCACGAGUUACCGAGAUUUGCCAACCCGACGGACAUCACACCACUAGUUACUCUCCCCCGAGAGUGGCGCAUGGCGAACGGAAGGAGAAAGCCAGUCGGUCCAUGCAAGGGUCAAUUACUCUAUGCUACUACCGACAUGCCGCCUCCAGAUUGUGGCCAUGUGCCGCCGGGCAUUUGGCUGAGGUCGCGUUCGGAUGCUUUUGCCAGUGGAAGGUGGGAUGCGGCUUACAUUAUGGAUGGUACCCGGACUGUCGGCAAUGGAGAGACGAAAUGCAGUACCGCAGGGCUUGAUGUCCCUUUUUACCGGUGCUUCAUAAGCCUCGUCCGAUGCUUGGCAGGAGGGUCAGCCUCAGGCAGUGCUAUCGGAGGCAGCUCUGGCACAAAGCACGUCAUUCAACACCGAGACUCCCCAGUUACGUCGAAUCUCCAGACGGGUGCAGACGGUGUAGCUGGGGCUGGCUCCACCUCACGCCCCUGGGUAGCCAUCCGUAUUGGCCACAUCGACGCGCUCAACAGAUGGGAUGAUACCGUGCGUGUGGCCACAGCUCUCCACCUUCUCCAACGGAUUUAUUAAAGCCCUUCGGUCUGGUCUGACGUCCCUCGAGUCGCGGUU